CUCCCUUCUUCCACACUCGUUAGUUGAGUUGUAAGGCCUGCCUGUCAACUACUCGCCUGCCUCUACUCUAGUUAGUUGUCCGUAGUCUAUAGGCUGGUUGUGUUGUACUAUACCUAUUAGCAAAUAAAGCAUGUGCCUUACGCAUCACCAGCAAGUGCCUCCGCGACGAUGCCUCUCCUAUUAUUAGCCGCUCCGAAUUGCCCUAAGUGCCUGGAUUAAGUGUCUAGACUGGAUAAUACCCGCACCGAUUCAAGCCCAAUUACCGCCCCAUAAAAAUAAAUUCAAAUCGCGAUGCUCCGGCGCGGAAAACCGCGAACUCGUGUGCCGCAGCCUUUAAUUGAGACAUAUCCAAUUAGCUAAGAAAUUGCUAGAUGACAGCGCUGAUGACCGGUAGCGCGUUUUUGUGACAAUCAGUUGUGACACAAUUUAGUGAUGUGACUAGUGCGAUAUGCCCGAAAAGGAGGCGGAUUUUCAAGCCGCUAUGUCUGCUGGUCUACCGUUACAGUUCCCGUCGGCUUUUGCGGCUUUCCACGCGCCUCUUCCCGUUGACCAACGCACGCACGAAGGACGAUACGUCUGGGACCCCAGGAUGCAGCCGCCAGGAGCGCCCUUCCACCAUCCCACGCCGCCAGGGGUGAGCGGAAGUCCUGGAAGUGGUCUCCAGCUCCUGGGACGGGAACUACAUCCCGCUUAUCGUCUUCCACCCCACAUGGAGUACCUCUAUUCACUGCAGCAUUCCACUGCCAAUUCGAUACACGGACUGGGACUCUCUCCUGAAUACCUCAGCGCGCGGGGCUUAUCCGACCUGCAUCCAUCUUCGGCGUUGGCCAGCAGCGAAUUUCCUUUUAGCAUCGACGGUUCACGGCUGAACAGUCCCAGGCCGGGUAGCAUAAGGCAGUCGCGAAAGCGGGCAUUAUCCUCCUCCCCUUACUCCGACUCCUUCGACAUCAACUCCAUCAGAUACUCCCCCAACUCGCUGGUGUUGGUCAAUGGUUCGAGGUCGUCGAGCGCGAGCGGCUCCUAUGGACACCUUUCGGCCGGCGCCAUCAGCCCUGCCUUCAACAUGCACCCCGAACUGCACCUCCAGCAACUCCAAGCGCACCUCAUGCGGAGCGCGGGCUCGCUCCUCCCGCUGCCGCCCGCCACCCCCACGCACUCCAUGUACUCGCUCGGACACCACCCCCUGCACGUCUCCUCGCCCCACAACAUUUCCAAGACUGAUGCCCUUAACGAUAAGAAAAAAUCUGAGACUGGUACCUUAACUCAUCUAGAUUCGGACGCACAAGCGCGGAAAAUUAAAAUUAAAAAAGAACCGAGUAAUGCAGUCAGUGGGACGAUUAACGAGGGACAAAACGACCAAACUGAUCUCAAAGACGAACCUGGCGAUUUUAUCGAAACUAACUGUCAUUGGAAGGAUUGUGGUACCGAAUUUCAGACUCAGGAUGAGCUUGUUAAACACAUUAACAACGAUCACAUACAUGCAAAUAAAAAAUCGUUUGUGUGCCGAUGGGACGGGUGUUCGAGGGCAGAAAAGCCGUUCAAAGCGCAAUAUAUGCUAGUGGUGCAUAUGAGGAGACACACGGGGGAAAAACCGCACAAGUGCACUUUUGAAGGUUGUGUUAAGGCCUAUUCGAGGUUGGAGAAUUUGAAAACGCAUUUACGAUCUCACACGGGUGAAAAACCGUACACUUGUGAAUAUCCUGGUUGUUCCAAAGCGUUCAGUAAUGCUUCGGAUAGGGCGAAACACCAAAACCGGACACACAGUAACGAGAAACCGUACGUGUGUAAGGCCCCCGGUUGCACGAAGCGCUACACCGAUCCUAGUUCACUCAGGAAACACGUAAAGACAGUCCACGGUGCUGACUUUUACGCCAACAAAAAACACAAAGGUAUCGAUGGCGGUUCCGAGGACGGAGCCGCUGGUUUAGACUCAAGCCCGCGCAGCGAAGACAUGCAAAGCCAUAAAACCGCAAGUCUUAGCAGUCCGAGUAUAAAAUCAGAGUCGGACGUCAACUCGCCCGGACACCAACAACAGGGAAGCCCUCUGGGCGCCACCCAGCUCGCUGGUGGUUGCAACGACGACUUCCCGGGGGACAUGACCACGGGUGUGCCACGCAACGGGCCCAUGGACGACCCCGCGUGGCCGUACGAUGCCGAGGAUUUGGAGAUUGAUGAUCUUCCGGUCGUUUUGCGGGCAAUGGUCGGCGGAGGUGUCGCAGUGAGUGAGAGGAAUCCAAGGACGAGGAUGAAACCGCGACUUCAGACCAAACCUCCGUCAAACAUUAUGUCACCCGCACAAAGGAAAAAUAUCGGAAUUACGGAUCUUAAUAGGAGAAUCAAUGAUUUGAAGAUGGAAGGCACUGUUACUGCUCAAAAUAAGACGCAAUUUACUGAGUUGCAGCAGAGGUUGCAACCACCGGGCAACACCCAAGCUCAAAUCAGGAGGGAUAGUAAUUCGACCGUUAGCUCGUACUACGGGAGCAUGAGGAGUGCAGAUAUGAGCAGGAAGAGCAGUUUAGCGUCACAAGCUUCAAGUAUGCGCCCUGGUAUGGCACCGGGGUCAUUUUACGACCCGAUUUCGGCCGGAAGUUCCCGAAGAUCGAGUCAAUUAUCAACUGCAACCACCGGCGGAACGUGCAUACCACCGUCUCCACCUUCACAUCUCCUCGCAGGCCAGUUACAAAGGUUGCAAAACAACCCGAACAAAAUCACUGGAGGCAACGGCAACUUGGUGCUACAGACACAAAAUGCAUCACUUCAACAAACCGCCUUACAACAAACGUGGAUGUCGUCAAACACAACGGCAAGUACCGACGCACGAAGAAUGUCCGAACCUUGUCACACACUCACAGACCGCAAGAGCCCGCCACCACGGCCCGCUUCUGUUACUUUAUCCCCACUCAAGGGAACAGUGAGUUCGUCGGAACUUCACCCCAACCAGGCCGUGGUUUUGGACGAAGUGGGCGAAGGCGAAAUGGUUGAAAAUAAGUUAGUGAUUCCCGACGAAAUGGUUCAUUAUUUGAACCAAGUGGCGGACAACCAAAACAACGACUUCAGCACGGCCAUGAGUUGGUCACAAAAACCAAUCCCAAGCCCCAGUCAAACUCUACCAUCGCCGUCCAGUUUGAGCCAUAUACUACCAUCACCACCAAGCACAAACGUGCUAUCGCCAGGCAAUUUGAACCAAAUGAUGCCUUCGCCCAGCAACCAAGCGAACCAAAUGAUGCCUUCGCCCACGUCCAACAUGAUGAUGCCGUCGCCGGGCAAUCAAGUCACUCAGAUGAUGCCUUCGCCAGGCAACCAACUCAACCAGAUGAUGCCUUCGCCGUCCAGCAACUUCAACCAGAUCAUGCCGUCGCCGUCGUCAAACUUCGGCGCGAUUCAGAACCCGAUGCUGUCGCCGGCCCCCAGCAUGACCCAGAUGGUACCAUCGCCCAUGUCAGCGCGCUGCCACUCGAACCAGAUGCCCAUGCAGAGCCCCAACGCCCAGGUGGUGCCGCAAAACUGCAUGAUGCCGCACAACCAGAACAUGAUGCAUUGCUACAACAACCGGCCGAUGUGCUGGGACAACAACCAAAACCGCCCAUGCCAGGCCAAUGGCGGCUACAUGGGCAACUGCGCGACGCACUACCACAACGGGUACGUGCCCAACGGGUGCGCGUCCAACAAGCCCAUGAACUACAACACGUACCAGAACCCGGCCUACAAUUGUCUGCCCAGUUUGAACGAGCCGUUGCCGUCGCCCGCCAUGGCCGCGCCCGCGCCCGCUGACCUGAUGAAUCAGCCGCACUACAACCAGACGUGUUACCAGGCGAAUUACAACCAGUGUGUGCCGCAGAAUAAUUGCAACUGCAACUGUCGGAAUCCGCCGCAUAAGUGCUACCACCAGUGCAGCAGGGGUGGCAAUGCGGAGAUUCAGUGCAAGGAUAUCAGCCAGUCGCAGAUGUCGCCCGGGGUUGUGGCAAAUGGGGUGCAGCCGUUGGGGAUGAGGCAGGACACGUAUCAGAGGACUUUGGAGUACGUGCAGAAUUGCCAGUCGUGGGUGAGCAACACGGAGAUGGUCACCAGUACCACCACGCAUCCGUUGGCCAAGUGUGGCGAUGGGACGAGCUCGAAUAUGGUGGUUAAUGAUAUGACGUCGUCGCUCAGCUCCUUGUUGGAGGAAAAUAGGUAUCUACAGUUGAUUCAGUAGCUCGUUGUAUUUUUAGGAGUUUCAUCAUAUUUUUCUAAGUGUAUUGCAUUGAUUCGAUUUAAUGGUGUAUAAAAUGUACAUUGUGAUAUUAAACUUGUAAUUAUUAGGUAGAUUUCGCGCAAUAUUUAAAUAGAGAAAAGCUUUAACGUUUGUAUAUUAACAUUUAUGUAAAAAGAUAUAAAUAUGGAUGCAAUUUAUUUAUGAUAUUACAUAAGAGGUCUAUGAUCUCAGUCUAAAUAAGGCCAUUUACUGCCAUGUUCAUAUCAGACAAUAAGUACACAUUUUUUAAGUAAGUUUGUACAUUUAUAGAUUCUAGGAGUUAUAUUUUGUAUUUGCUAUGAAGAUUAUUUAAUAAAUGAUAUGCUUAAAAAAG